AUGAGCUCAGAAGAACGCAAGCAAGCUGUCCUUCAAAGGCAACUGCAUGGUCUUCUGGGUGGUGAUGCAGGUAGACCAGAACUGGCUGACUAUGUGACGAAGCUAGACAGGACCAUCCUGUGCGCCAGUUCGGCCUGUGCAGUUAUUGCAGGUGCCUUGAACCCGCUCGUGCCCGUCAUAUAUGGUCUCCUGGUGGGUGUGUUCAACGGUUUCGCCGCGGGCUCCGUGGAGGUUGCCGAGUUUCGAUCCAAAAUAUCGACAUUCAGUCUUUACUACGUCUAUCUUAGUAUCGGUCUUUUUGUCUUUACAUACGCAGCCACAGUCGGAUUUAUUGGAGCGGAGAGCGGAUUGUCAGAGCUUUGCGGAUUGCAUAUCUGUCUGCCAUCCUGCGUCAAAAUAUAG